GACACGUGUUGGCAGAUCACUUUCUCCUUUCUUUCGUUCGUGCUCUGUCUCUCUCUCGCUCACAAUCUCCGAUCCGAGAAAUCGAGGAAGAAGCGGCAGAGAUCGCAACCCGCCGCCGGAAGAAAGGUUCGUCAGUGAAGGAUAAUCCCAACCAGUCGUCUAAUCCUUCAUCUCUGCCUCCUCCUUCGCCGAUCAACGCAGGAGAAUCGGUCGUGGCGGGUACGACGGGGAAGGCGAAGAAGAAAGCCGGAGGAGCGAGGGAUUUGAGGAUUCUCAGCCCUGUCUUGUGGAGUGCGAUAAGAGCACAAUCAUCAAACUGUGUUGACGAAGUUGGAGCCAUGGCUGACCUCAAAGACAAAGUGGUUCUUGUGACAGGAGCUUCCUCUGGUAUAGGAAAAGAGAUCUGUCUUGAUUUGGUCAAAGCUGGCUGUAAGAUUAUCGCAGCAGCACAUCGUGUCGACCGCCUCAACUCUCUCUGCUCCAACAUCAACAGCUUCGGUUCAACUGGAACCCAAGCCACAGCUCUCGAGCUAGACGUCGCAUCGGUGCAGCCACCAUUCGAAAAGCGGUUAAGGAAGCUUGGGAAGUAUUUGGCCUAUCUUCAGUCUGAUGUUGGCCUUAUCAUUACUUUAGUACAUUGUGAAACAUUGUUUUAUUUAAAGAAGUUGGCAAGGAAUCUCAUUGGGUUUGUUACUUCCAGAUUCUACUACGGGCAUAUCACAAUCAUCUGUUUCCUCAAGUAAGGUAUCUUACCUCCUGCCUUUGUGUGGCUAACUCUGAUAGGUUAUAGUUUUCACGGAAACAUGAAUUGCUGAAGUUAUAGAGUUGAUUUGGUGAGAAAUAAAAAUGGUGUUUGAAUCAUUUGAUCACACUGUGGCGUGGAGGAGUUGAGAAGUAAAUCGUUUUUCUCCUUGGCAAAUUUUUUUUUUUUUUAAGAACCCCUAAAUAAGAGGCUUGCA